GAACGUUUAUGAUAGGUGUACCAAAUUUUCAAAUUAUUGAACGGGCACCAGAAACCAGGGAAAUUUUAAAUUGUUUGACCAUUCACGAAAUGAUGGAAAGUCUCUUGCGUUAUGACAUGGCGAAUGUGGAACACCCACAACUCUUGAACGCUUACAAAGCCUCUGCAAAUAAGCUUCAACAAAGCUUUUUACACAUUCAUUGUUUGUUGUAUAUUGAGUCAAACACUAAUAAUUUUGAACCUUCGCUUUUCCUUUUUUGUCAACUUUCAAAAACGGUUUUCACUUUGUAUACUAUGGACAGGGGGGGGUGAUUUGCAGAUGAUGGACAUUAAAUGAAUAUGGCGGACGAUUCUACAACAGAAAAGGCUGUCAUGUCAGACGAUGUUUCUCAUGCAGAAUGUGAUGUGCAAAUGAAAAUGAGAGAAGAGAAUGAUGAUGAAGUUACUUCUAGUGAUGAUGAAAUGCCAGAAGAUAGUCAAGUAACUGAACUACGAGAGUUCCUUGAAAACUCACCUUUCCAUUAUGAGAGUCAUCUUAAAUUGAUUCAAGCAUUGCGCGAGAUUGGUGACCUGGACAAAACAAGGCAAGCCAGAGAAACAAUGAGUCGUAUGUUCCCUUUAACCCCAGAAAUUUGGUUGGAAUGGAUUAAAGAUGAGAUGCCACUCUCUUGUAUCACAGAACAGAAAACUUAUAUCCAUGAUCUGUUUGAGAAAGCUGUUCAAGAUUAUCAAUCUGUCAAACUGUGGACAGAAUAUUGUCAGUUUGUUAUGGAUAACAUGGAUGGUGAGGCAGGGAUAGAAGAGGCUCGAAUGGUAUUUGAGAGAGCAAUAACUGCUGUUGGUCUUCAUGUGACUGAGGGUGCAGCUAUUUGGGAUGGUUAUAGGGAAUUUGAAAUGGCCUUGUGCGACUCAUAUCAAACAAUUGCUGAAGGAUCCAAUGGUCCACAAUUCCAGAAGAAACUUAGCCAACAGAAAGAAAAAGUGAAAACUCUUUUCAGACGAGAAGUCUCUGUCCCAUUAAUUGGAAUGCAAGCUGCUUAUCGAGAAUAUGAACAAUGGUUAGGAGAUGAAGGAAUACAGGAAAAUAUCAUGCGAGAAUACAAACGAGCCGAAACCAAACUUGAAAAAUGUUUACCUUUCGAAGAGACAUUGGCAUCAGCAGAGUCUCCAAAGCUUACUGAAUACCGCGAGUAUAUAGCAUUCGAGAUGAAAGAGAACGACUUAGCGAGGGUUCAAUGUCUUUACGAGAGAGCUAUGUUGGAGAACUGUUUGAAUUCAGAAUUUUGGAUUGAAUACACGAACUAUUUGGAUAUGAAAGUCAGUAUUAUCGAUGUUGUCUUACCUGUUCAUGAACGCGCUGUUCGUAACUGUCCGUGGGUUGUAACGUUGUGGUGUAGUUACAUCAAGGCCUUGGAACGAACUUCUCAAAGUCAAGACAAAGUACAAGAGGUUUUUGACCGCGGAAUGAAUGCAAUGAUUUCAAAUGCAGAUGAUUCAAUCUUGCUUUGGCGCUGUUUUUUGGAAUGUCUGAGACGGCGUGUAAAAGACUGGAAACAAGAAAACGCAGAAAGGGUGGACUUGAUGAAAGCAUUUGAUGACGCUACAGAUUAUAUCAAGUCAAACUUCGGGAAAGACGGAGAUAGUCAGCAUUUCAUUUUAAGAUAUAAGGCCUACUUUGAGGCAACGAAGCUGGACAAUAUCUCAGGUGCCAAAAAAAUAUGGGAUUUCAUUAUGUUACAUCAUAAUCGUGAGUCAAAGUUUUGGGUUGAAUACAUUCAGUUGUUAAGACAAGUACAGGAUAACAUCGGUUGUAGAAAGCUGUUUAAUCGUGCGAUACAAACAUCAAAUGAUGAGCCUGAAAAACUUUGUGAACUUUAUCUUAAGUUUGAAAAAGAAGAAGGAUCUUUAAGUGAUCUUGAUGUCGCUGUUAACAAGUGUUCUGAAAGACUGAAACGAGUUUGGGCUCAAAAACAAAAGGAAUAUGAGAGGAGUGAUGCUACCCGUCAAGCGGAGGAUGAAGCGAAUGCCAAGAAGGAGAAAGUAAAAGCUGAUAAACGCACCAAUAAAAAAGCAGAAGAGAAACUAAAAAUUCAAAAAGUCAAACGAAAACAUGAAGAUAUUGACGAUAACGAUAUUAAAGAUGAACAGCCAAGCGCAAAACGUCCUUUCGUAUCGAAAGACGAAAAAGCACCACAAUUGAAACAUCCAACGCUAGCGACUAAGGAAGAUAAAGUUCAUGGCAGCUGCAAAGACCAUUUGAAAGUAUUUGUUAGCAAUUUACUCUUUUCUGUCGACGAGGAGCAAUUAAAAAGUGUAUUUUCGCCGCUGGGUGAAAUAGAGGAAAUUCGUUUGAUUAAAAAUCUACAAGGAAAAUCUAAAGGAUACGCAUACGUCGAAUUUAAACAUCAGAGCUCUGUUUCAGCCGCUUUGGCUACAGACAGACAACAGUUGUGUGGACGACCGAUGUUUGUUUCGCAGUGUGUGGAUAAAACUCAAACUCCGACCACUUUCAGGUUUUCCACAACCCUCGACAAGACCACCGUCUUUGUCACCAACCUGCCAUUUGAAAUGAAUAGUACAGAAAUUGAAGAUGUUUUUAGCGAGCAUGGCAAAGUAAAGCAGGUUCGUUUGGUCACAAAUAGGGCAGGAAAGUCGAAAGGAUACGCUUAUGUAGAAUUUGAAGACGAGUCGGGUGCUGCAGCGGCGGUUUUGAAGCAGGACCAGAAGACUGUGAAGAAUCGCGUUAUUAAUGUAGCUUUAUCAAAUCCACCAAAACGAGAACGCCAAGAAACUGACGUAAAACACAUUCGUCCUGACACAGGAAGUCGUCCCGGUCGUGCGCGCACGCAGGUUCAAUUUGUACCCAGGGCUUUGAAAAAAACACAGGUCGCGGACAGUUCGGAAGCACACGCCAUCUUGGACAGCUCAGUUGAAUCGAAGCAGUCGGAUAAAGUGAAGUCUGGACUGAGCAAUGAUGAUUUUCGAAAGAUGUUGCAGAAAUAGAGCCGGCUGCGCUAUUGUGGACAGCGGUUAAUCAUGAUGUCAUUUUACUUGUCGAAGCGAAAUGUUAAAAUCUUCCCUGAAGCCUGUUUUGACAUCGUCACAAACUCGUCCUGCCUUUUUUGUUCAAUCCCACACAACGACGGUUUAAUAUACAUCGAAUACACUGAAACGGCCUUUUCAACACUCUGUGUUUGUAACUAGUUGGAUAGGUUCCAUGUUUUUUUUUAAAUCGUCCCAAACUGUCUCAUCAACGAUUCAAUUGUGGAGACCAUCUUUGACCUAUUUUACCUUAGCUAUACGUAAGAAGUAUCACUCUGCACUGAGCAUUAUUUUUCUAUAUUAUCGUGAUACUUCGUUCUCAAUCUCGGUAGGAGGUUUUUAUCAAUCUUUGUAUCGAUCGAAUGCAUGUUUUACAUUUAAUUAAUACGUUUCAUUUAUUUACUAUACUUGCAAGUCUUUUGCUCCAAUCUUAAUUUUUUUGUUAAUUUGAUAUCGUUUAUAUAAUCUAGUUGUUAUUACAAAUUAUAAUUCAUUUCAAUAUACGUAUUUAUAUA